UAAGAAAGUGAGGAUCAAAAUGGCAGACAAAUAUCAUGAGCUAUCAAGAGCUCAGCUCACUUGCGACUACCUUCAUGCAAACUCAACCACUCAUGAAUUCCUCUUUGGAGCAUUGGCAGAAUUAGUGGAUAAUGCAAGAGAUGCCAGAGCAACACAAUUGAAUAUUUACACUGAAAUGAAUGAACAAUUGAAAGGGGGCCUUAUGUUGUGCUUCCUGGAUGAUGGAGUUGGCAUGGAUCCCAAUGAAGCAGCUGACAUUAUUCAUUUAGGAAAAUCUGUGAAGAGGACAUCAGGUUCCCCAUUCAGUGGCCAAUAUGGAAAUGGAUUGAAGUCAGGGGCAAUGAGAAUUGGUACAGAUUUCAUUCUAUUUACCAAAAAAAACAAUACCAUGACCUGCAUCCUCAUAUCUCGAACAUUUUAUGAGAGAGAAGGUAUUGAUGAGGUGAUUGUACCAGUGCCAUCCUGGUAUGUUGGAACUCAGGAAUCCAUAAAAACUGAUGACCAAAAAUUUUCCCUUGAAAUGACACUGAUUUAUAAAUAUUCCCCAUUCAACACAGAGUUUGAUGUAAUGCAACAGUUUCAUAAAAUUACAGGAUCAAGUGGUACACUGGUAAUUAUCUACAACUUAAAACUGAAUGAUGACGGAGAACCAGAACUGGAUAUUGAAACAGAUCCUUCUGAUAUUUUGCUGACAGGACUGGUCAGAAAUGAAAUCCAACCUGAACGCUAUUCCUUUAGAGCCUAUACUACAAUAUUGUAUAUUGACCCACGCAUGAAGAUUUUUAUCCAGGGACAGAGGGUUCGUGCUAAACCUCUCUUCUUCUCCUUGUAUCGGCCCAGGAAGUACACUUAUUUUUCCAGAGGGUUCAAAAUACGUGCUUUGAGAGAAGUAAAGGAGGCAGAACUUGCUGUCAAAGUAGCAGAGGAAAAGAUGCAGGAAGCAAAAUUCCAAAUGAGGGAGUUAGAAAUGAUCUGUGACAAUAGUUUGGAAGCACAGAAUAGACUUAAACUUGCCAAUGCUCUUACUAAGUUAUCAGAAUCACAAAGUGAUGUAGAUAGAAAGAAGAAACUGUAUCAAGAAAAACUGAGAGCACUGAAAAAAACAAAUAAUCUGACUUUUAUUUUCGGAGUGAACAUAGAGAAAAGAAACUGCGAUGGAAUGUUUAUUUACAACAACAGCCGCCUAAUCAAAAUGUAUAAAAAAAUCGGAGUACAGCUGAAUCGCACGUUGAGCUCUUGUGGUGGUGUUGUGGGUGUUGUCAAUGUGCCCAGUGUGAUGAUGGAGCCUACUCAUAAUAAACAAGACUUUGCAGAUGCCAGGGAAUAUCACAAUCUGCUUAGAAUUAUGGGUCAAUUUUUGCUUCAGUACUGGAAGGACCUUGGCCUUGCUCAAACAGGAAUUGUGAAAUUCUGGAAUGAAUUUGGAUAUGUGUCAACAAAUUGGAAUUUGCUGCCUUCAAACGCGCUUCAAUAUAGAAGGAGACGUGCCGUGGAAAUUCAGGUUAAAGUCCAGUGUGACCUCUGCUUACGUUGGAGAACAUUACCAUCUAACCUAGAUGUAAAUGAUAGAGUAUUGCCCAACAUCUGGGUCUGCUCCAUGAACCAAAAUCCGCAACAGAAUAGAUGUGAUAUACCAGAACAGCUGCCUCAAAUUCCAUUAGGAACACUAAAUGCGAGAUCACUAUUAUCUAAUGAAAAGCAAGAACUAUUGGACAAAUCAAUCCAAAGGCAUUGGGAAAAAGCAGCUUCGUUACAAUUCCAGAAAACAUUUCCAACAGAGCCUUUGAUGCACAGAUUGCCUUCUGAGUUGAGCAACAAGUUUAUUUCUAAGGGCAUUACUGUAUCAGAAUCCAAUCUAUUCCCUUUAUCUUCUCGGAAGAGACAAAUUCCAGCUUUUCAAGCCCCACAUUAUACAAGGUCAAAUUCUUCAGAAAGGGUAGCAUUCUCCAGGAACAAGCGCUGCAGAAAAUCAAGUUGUCAGAAAGUAACAAGAAUACGUGGGAAAGUCAGGCCUACUGUCAUGCGCUCAGAGAAACAAUCCUAUACUUCAGUGCAUUCUGCAGAAGAAAAAUCUAUUACAAUAUCUCUUAUGAUUCCAGUUCAUGUUUGUGAUAAAGAUCCUACAUCAUCAAGCACACAACUACUUUAUGCAUUACGAGAAAAGUUUGAGGAAGCGGCUCCAAUCUUCAGCCGAAAGUGUGAUCAGCAGGGCUCAGGAAUUGGAGCAGAAAAUGCAGAAGGCGGAGACACAGCUAAUACAAACCAAAGAGAAACUGAAGUUCUAUCAGAAAGUCGUGGCACUGUUAUUGAGCCAGAAUCAUACCGUAUGUAA